UAAUUUGGGUGUAUGGGUUGUGUUGAGUCUAUCAUUUUCCAAUUCCAGAUAGAGAAUUUGCAGAUCCAUUACCCAAACAUCAUCGAUCGAUCGAGAGAGAUUUGCAAAUAUAAAUUGGGUGUUUGAAUGUCUCAAUUUGCAGAUCCAAAGGCCAAACACUGAGGUGAGUUAGAGAGAUUUGAGUUUGGUAUCAUAGGUGGUUGGUAAUACUCGUACAAGAUUUAUCUUCCACAAUAUUGUGUUUCUGAUCGAUCGAGCAGAAAAGACACAGGAGAUUAUAUCUGAAAUGGAUAGUGAGACUGCUGGUCCAAGUAAGAGGAGGAGGAUUAUAUCUGAAAUGGAGUCUGAUGCUUCAGCCACCUCCGUUCCUGUUCCAGGAGGCGAAUACGAAGUGUUUUUGAGUUUUAGAGGUCCAGACACUCGCUGCACAUUCACAGAUAUUCUAUAUACCUAUCUCAUUGACGCAGGUGUUCGCACCUUUCGGGAUGACAAUGAGCUUCGCAAAGGAGAAGAGAUCGGUCCUGAGCUCCUCGAAGCAAUCAGGGAGUCCAGUAUCUCCAUCCCCAUCUUCUCCAACAACUAUGCUUCCAGUAAAUGGUGCCUCCGCGAGCUGGCUCAGAUGGUGGAUUGCAAGAGAAGCAAUGGACAAUUGAUUCUGCCAAUCUUCUACGAUGUUGAACCAUCGGAUGUGAGGCAUCAAUCUGGGGGUUACGAGGAAGCCUUUCGCAAGCACGAGAGGUGUUUUGAUGAAUGCACCGUUAUGAAAUGGAAAGAGGCACUCAAACAGGUUGGAGAACUCAAGGGUUGGCAUGUCAACAAAGAAGCUGAUGGGCAUGGGGAAUUAGUAAAAACGAUUGUUCAAACAGUGUUGUUGAACCUGAAGAAAAAAUGCAUGGUUACAUUUGACAACUUAGUUAUGAUGGAUGAUCAUCUGAAUGAAAUGAUGAGAUUAUUAAAUGUUGGUUCAAAUGAUGUAAGGAUUGUUGGUAUCCUUGGCAUGGGUGGUAUUGGCAAGACAACUAUUGCCAAGUCCAUCUACAACAAGCUCCUCCAUGACUUUGAACAUUGUUGUAGCUUCCUUGGAGAUGUUCGGGAAAAUGUCAAACAAUACAAAGAUAAAGGUAUUGUUGAUUUGCAGAAUCAGCUUCUCAACGACACUCUUAAAGCGCCCCCUCCCAUUACUAAUGUUAACGGUGGAAUGGACGCUAUCAAACGUCGAUUUCACAAAAAGAGAGUUUUCAUUGUUCUUGACGAUGUGGAUGAAAAGUCUCAAUUUGAUUGGCUUGUGGGAAGUCGUUAUUGGUUUGGUCAGGGAACUCGGAUCAUAGUUACAACUAGAAACAAGCACGUUUUAAAUGUUCUUGAAGUGGAUGAGACUUACGAACCUCCAUUUAUGAACCCAGACCAAUCUCUUCAACUUCUCAGCAUUCAUGCUUUUCGGAAAAAGUUUCCUCCAAUGGACUUUGAUAGUAUCUCUAGAGAGGUGGUAUCAGUUAUUGCAGGGCUUCCUCUAGCUCUUGAGGUUAUAGGUUCAUUUCUAUCUGACAAGCCAAAAACAGUAUGGGAAGAUACAUCGAAGAAGUUGAAGAAAAUACCAAAUCAUGAAGUUCAGGAAAAAUUGAGAGUAAGUUAUGAUGUAUUAACCCAUGAGCAAAAACAGAUAUUUCUUGAUAUUGCAUGUCUUUUUAUUGGGAUGUAUAAAACAUAUCCAUUUUACAUGUGGGAUGACUGCGGCUAUUUUCCAGAGACAGAAAUUAAUGUCCUUUGUCUCAUGUCUCUAGUAAAACUUGGAAAUGAUAAUGUAUUGAGAAUGCAUGAUCAACUAAGAGAUCUUGGUAGGGAAAUCGUCCGUCAAGAAGAUUUUGAGAAUCCAGAAAUGCGCAGCAGGUUGUGGGAUCGACAAGAAGCCUUAGCUGUAUUUGAGGAAUUCAUGGUAAAAAUUUACAGCGCUAAAUUUUUUGCAUUGAUUAAUGUUUUCUUAAGUCUCUUUCAUGUCAUCAGCUUGGAUUUAAAUUGAAAAUGGAACUCAAUUUAAGUUAUUUAGAGUUGUGAGGUGAGUAUUUAAAAAAAAAAAAAAUUCAAAAGUUUUAACUCAUCUCAUCCAUUGAAACUUUCAUUUUCUUUUUUGGGGGUUAAGAAAAGAAUUUUAGAUGUCCUUGUUACUAGCUAGUACACCUGGUUACAACGGAAAGUAGGCAUGUUGUACAUUUAGAUUGGUGUGGCAUUUGUAAUUAAGUUGUAGGCUACAAUGUUAUGCACGAUCUUUCAAUUAUUUCAAGUUAUUUAGGGUUGUUAUAAAUGAAAAAAGAAUAAAAUAAAAAAUGAAGAUGAAUUUGAAGAAGAAGAAAAAUAAA